GCCAAAAACAGUAUCUGUUUCGGAUUAUUUUGUGCUUGUAUUAUCAAAAUUAAACGCGAUUGUGGCAUUUUAUGCAUUGAAUAAUACAACAGAAUUGAGAUAACAAGCGUGGGAAUGCUUAAUUUAGUGUAAUCAGCAAAUUAGUGGUUAAAAUCGAAAAAUAAACAGUGGCUCUAUCGGGUAUGUCAGAUGCAUUCAAAUGGUCGUGAGCAGCCGAGGGGCGCAGUAGUCUUCGCGCUGCAUAUCGUAUUACUUCAAAACAUUAAGCCCACAGGUGCGGUACCCUGAGCGCCCAAAUCAAUAUCAUGAUCGAAUGAUAACCUAACAGUUUCUGAAAAAACGUUCUAGUCUACUUCUUCCAUUAGAAUACCCACGAAUUUUAUUUGGACUUUAGUGAAAGACUUUCAAUAUGUUCAGUGAAUCUUAUGAAAGAAGACUGCUGCAGCAGUGCAGCCCUGUGAGCAGAAAACAGUCUGUGCUGGUCAGGCCAGAGCCUAUGGAUAGAUUUAUUCCAUGCAGGUUGGAGAACAAUUGGCAGACAAGUUUUCAAGCGAUCCGCCGCGGCACAGAGAACCAACCAGCCAAGAAAGCGCGCAACGAGGGCAACGCGGAGAACGCCAGCAAUGGGCGCGACCACCUCGCCUACGGGUGCCUGCUACGCAACGAGCUGCUGGGCGCACAGAUUGAGGAGCUACGCGGCCCACCCACGGCCUGCUCCGAGGGGAACCGGGCGGCGUUGGGCGCCGUGCAACUGGCCUCCGCUGCGAGGGCAGCCCUGGCCUUCUCACCGCCGGUGUUUCGGUUUAGGGCGCCGGCGCAUAAUUCCGAGGAAAACAUAGAUCCGGCUCCGUACAGCCUAUCACCAGUCUCGGCGAAAUCACAGAAGCUCCUGCGAUCCCCACGCAAAGCGACUAGAAAGAUCUCACGGAUACCUUUCAAGGUAUUGGAUGCGCCGGAUUUACAGGACGAUUUCUACCUGAAUCUAGUCGACUGGUCUGCACAAAACGUCCUCAGCGUCGGGCUUGGCAGCUGUGUCUACUUGUGGAGCGCGUGCACGAGCCAGGUCACCAGGCUCUGUGAUCUGUCGUCAGAGGGCAACACAGUCACGUCAGUGGCGUGGAGCGAGCGGGGGCACUUGGUCGCCGUGGGCACGCAGAAGGGGCACAUUAGCGUGUGGGACGUGUCCGUCAAUAAAGAGGUAUCAAAACUGCAAGGUCACGUGGCCCGUGUGGGUGCAUUAGCUUGGAAUGGUGACAUGCUCAGCUCCGGAUCCCGCGACAGGCAUAUACGGCAGCGGGAUACGAGGACACCACCGACCCAAGCGUCCCGAGUGCUGCAGGGGCAUAGACAAGAAGUGUGCGGCCUCAAGUGGUCUCCCGACGGGCAAUCGCUCGCCUCCGGCGGCAACGACAACAAACUCUUCGUGUGGUCUAUGCACUCGACGUCGCCGGUGCAAACGUACUCGUCGCACGUGGCCGCCGUGAAGGCGAUCGCGUGGUCGCCGCACCAGCACGGGCUGCUCGCGUCCGGCGGCGGCACGGCCGACCGCUGCAUACGCUUCUGGAACACGCUCACCUCGCAGCCGAUGCAGUGCGUCGACACCGGCUCGCAGGUGUGCAACCUCGCCUGGUCGAAGCACUCGAGCGAGCUGGUCUCGACGCACGGCUACUCGCAGAACCAGAUACUCGUGUGGAAGUAUCCAUCGCUGACGCAGGUGGCCAAACUAACGGGACACUCGUAUAGAGUGCUCUACCUCGCGCUGUCACCCGACGGCGAGGCCAUAGUGACCGGCGCGGGCGACGAAACGCUGCGUUUCUGGAACGUUUUCUCGAAAACGCCCUCCCACAAGGAGAACAAGAGCGUUCUCAAUCUGUACACGGCGCUCAGAUAAAGUGGUGGUAGAGAAUGUACGCGUUUUGGUAGAAAACGUGUGUCUGUAAUGCGGUGACGGUUUGGUAGAAAGUAUACGUGGUUUGGUAGAAACGGAUGGUGGAAUGUUCGCUGCUCGUAGUUCUUUGAGAACUUGCGGUUUUUUUUUUAUAUUUUUGGUAGAACGAGUUAAAUCUGUGUUGCCGUGUGCGGCAACGGUUUUUUACAAGAUUGGUGGGGACGACCAAUCGUUUGUUAACGGCAUAAUAUGAUGUGCGGUGUUGCCAGUGGGCAUAGACAAUUUGCCAAAAUAGUUUGGUUUGUGAUCGUGUUAUUUUUAGAUGUAUUUAGCGAAUAUUUCGUAACGCAGCUUUGUUUUAGUUUAACUUGUAUUUAUUUUCAAACGUAUUGUCCACGUUAAUGGAGUUGGCGGAAUCGUGCCGUCUCGCUCUAUCCUGCAUGUAUUUCAAUGUGUUAGAGUGAGACGGAUGAUUGCGUUGAAUUAUUCCCUCCGUCUUUAUUUAUGUUAUGACAAUAAAGCUAUGGACUUUACUGCAAUAAUACAAAAUAUACUAAAAUCAUAUGGAAUUUCUUAUGUCAAAUUUGCUUAUAUUGGCUUAUGUAUAGAGAGAACUACUUAAAUUACCAAUAACGCUGUUUUAUGACGUCAAUUGGACGAAAUUUUAUUGGUCAUUUAAGUCUGCCUUGUUAGUUAAUCUUCUACGGCGGAUCAACGUUUUCUUUUGAACUAUUUGUACAUUUGUUUGUGUAUCGAAUUUACAUAUUGUAUGUAUGUGUACCGAUAAUUAUGUAUAUUUAUUGUGAUAUUUUCUAUGUACACGAUUUCCGAUACAUAUCUUUGUAAUGGUAACAAAGAAAUCGUAUAUACAGUGAAUAUCGAGUAUUUAGUAAUUAUUUACACAGGUUUGAUUAAGAUGUAUAUUUUGAACCGUUUUAUCAUUUUCGAUUCACUUUUUUCGUCAAUAUUUGUGACUGUUUUAAAUUGUGUUCACAUGCUACGUGGGAUAUUGUGAAAUCGAAAUAUUUGAAAUUAUUCGUUGAUGGUUAUAAAUAAUGGAUGCAAUUAAAAAUGUGAAUCAUGUCAAGACAGAAAAUUUUGUGGCUAAAUUAACAUAAAAUUUAACCCAUUAUGCAAUUAUGUGCAGAUAUAUUCAAAAAUCUUAUUAUGUCUUGUCCCAUAUAAAAAAAUAUGUUUAUAUUAAAAGUCGAGUUACAACAUUAACCCUUUAUCCUGUCUUGUUUUUCGCUUAUUAUAAAUAUCCGCGUAUUAUAUGAAUGUAUAAAUACUUUAUUUUCAAAAAAUAAUUUAAUUGCUUCAUAUGAAUUUCGAAUCGGAAUAAAAUACAAUGGUGAAUUUUCAUUUGUCUAUUAUAUAUGUAUAAAAAUAAAUGCAUGUAUCCAUUAAUGCUCUGGACACACACAGCGAAAGGCUUGUGCAUGCCUCAUACAAUUUGGCAUGCCUAAGAGUUGCGUGUAGGCGGAACAUUAUAAAUCAAAAAAAUAAGGCCCCUUAUUCACAAGUCGUGCACGCCGCGACUAGUGCAUGACGAGCCUUAUAGUUUACAACAUUUAUCGUGAUUUUUUCUUUCAAAGUUUUAUCAAUAUUAGAUUAGCAGAUAGUUUAACUUAGCAUUAUAACGAGAACACCGAUUAGACAUAUUCCACUAAAUAUUAAGUACCUGUAUAUAUUUAUAAACUCUAUUUAACAAUAAUUCAUAAUAUUACUUAAAACAAAUUAAUUCCCGUUAGUGGACCGUAGUGUAAGUUUUUUCUAGCAUUUAUUAGUAUAACACAGAGCUUGAAAAAUAUUAUUCGGAGGUACCUCUUAUGAUCUCAUUACUGUCAAAAGUUGAAAAAAAAAAAAUCAAAAAAUCUGGAAAUCUAUUGUUGUAAUUUAUGAAUCGUUUACGGUGUGCUAUAUUUAUUUUUGAUUUAGACAAGUUAAAUUAUUGCGUAGCUUAAGAUCCGCUCGCGGCGGGUACAAAAAAAAAUAUCGUCGUCUCUUUCUCACGUACAGCGAUAGAAAGGGACGUGUGUAUUCCACCGUUUCUCCCGCCUCGAGUUAUUUCGAGGUACCCUCUUCUAAUAAGAUGUUUUUUUUUCAUAUAUUGUAAAUUCCUAUUAGAUAUAUAAUUUGAUUGGAUUUGUGCAAUGUAGAUUGUAGACGCGGCUAUGAUCACCGUUCCGUUUUUGCUGAACCGAAAACGGUGAUGCUCCAGCGGUGGUGAUAGUCGCCGUAGCUUAAGAGGUGUGGUCGAAACCAAAUAAAAUUUUUUUUUCGUGUUAUUAACAUGUGUGUUUUCGGUAUUUAGUGUGCAACACUAAUAGUCACUUAAAAAUGUGAAUCUGCCUUGAAUUGGUGAUAACGUAAUGUAUAAUUUAUCCCAACGAAAUAUAUACCAUAUAUAAUAAAAAAGGAUUUUAGUAACUUUCCCUAUGUUUGUUUAUUGUUUUCACACUUCAAAAUUAUUUCGACAUACGUCACAUAACUCUAAAAAUAUCUAUAAACAUGUUUUUUCUGUAUCUUACUUUGUCUUUAUACUUUGUACACUUUGGUAUGGAAUGAAUAGAAGUAAUUUAAGUAUAUGAUUUAUUUAAAAACUAUUUCACUGUCGUACUAGCUAUAUAUUUGACUGAAAAUUGAAUUUUCUCACUUUUUUAAAAGUGUUGAAAAAUGUACCCUGUUAGAACCGCCUACUUUGUCAAAGUCGGUUUUAAAAUACAUAAUUACAUUCAAUUCAAGGCAUAUUAUUAAUAAAACUAAUAUAACUAAUAUUUAAAAAUGAGGAACGACCGCUAUAAUUAAGGAAAUAAUGAGUGCACGCUGUUAUAUAUAAUAACGAUUAAAAUAUGAAGCGGUUAGUCCCGUCAUAUAUAUAUAAAGAUAUAUUUAUACAUAGAGAAAGAUAAUAUAUUCAUGCACUAUGUAAAGAUAGACUGAUAUAGAUAAAUAACAUGUAAUUUAAGUGUUCAUGUAAUCUGUAUUGUAGAUUAAAUAUUAAACUGUGUGAUUUAUC